ACAGGAGAAUCUUUACAGUCAGAUGAACAGGGAUUCAAUCUCAUGACAGCCCCCCCCCAACCCCUCGUUCUUUACUCUUCCUCUUUGGGAUCUGGCUGAGCCCAACAAUUUUCUAGAGCCGGGUUGGUUCAGAUAGGUGGUUAUCCUUUCUGCCAGCUGAGAUGGCGGGCGGCUGCCGUGUGACUCCCCCUCCCCCUGUGAGUGAUCCACGUUCUCAGGACUGACAGUCCCAAGCAGCUCCUGAGGGGGGCUGAGAGCAAAGAUCUCCCUUUAGGAUGCACCCCACAUGCUGCAGCCCAGAAAAUCUCGCGAAUGAAACAGAAGAAUUAAUGUAAACUCUGCGAGCUGCCUGCUGGAAAUCUUCAACCCAAGCCACACGAGUGUCUUGGAUUCCUUCUGAUCAUUGCCAGCAAAGGAAUUCCGUGCAGUUCCCGAGCAUCCCAUAGCUGAAGAAGGAAGAUGGCUUCCAUGCUGCUCAGCCGACAGCUGGCCUACACAGUCCAGCAAAAUUGCUGGCUGUUGGUACCUGGAUGCAGGUCUAUCAGCCAAGCUGCAGCCAAAAUUGAUGUUGACUUUGAUUAUGAUGGACCUCUGAUGAAGACUGAAGUCCCCGGACCUAGAUCUAGAGAAUUAAUGAAGCAGUUGAAUGGAAUUCAGAAUGCAGAAUCCGUUCACUUCUUCUGCAACUACAAUGAGAGCCGAGGAAACUACCUGGUGGAUGUGGAUGGCAACCGGAUGUUAGAUCUUUAUUCUCAAAUUUCCUCCCUUCCUAUAGGUUACAGCCACCCAGCUUUGGUAAAGCUUGUCCAGCAGCCCCAAAAUGUGGGCACAUUCAUCAACAGACCUGCCCUCGGAGUAUUUCCUCCAGAAAAUUUUCCCGAAAAGUUAAAAGAGUCUUUACUUUCGGUGGCCCCAAAAGGCCUCUCCCAGAUCGUCACAAUGUCCUGUGGCUCCUGCUCUAAUGAAAAUGCCUUCAAAACCAUAUUCAUGUGGUACAGGAACAAGGAGAGGGGUCACACUAGUGCGACAAAGGAGGAGCUAGAAACAUGUAUGAUUAACCAGUAUCCAGGCUGCCCAGACUACAGUAUCCUCUCUUUCAUGGGCGCAUUUCAUGGGAGAACAAUGGGUUGCCUAGCUACCACUCACUCCAAAGCCAUUCACAAGCUAGACAUCCCUUCCUUUGACUGGCCCAUUGCUCCAUUUCCUCGGCUAAAGUAUCCUCUGGAAGAGUUUGUGAAAGAGAAUCAACAAGAAGAGGCCCGCUGUUUGGAAGAGGUGGAAGACCUGAUUGUGAAAUACCGGAAAAAGAAGAAGACUGUGGCAGGGAUUAUUGUGGAACCCAUCCAGUCAGAGGGUGGGGACAACCAUGCAUCUGAUGACUUUUUUAAGAAGCUGAGAGACAUUGCAAGGAAGCAUGGCUGUGCCUUUCUAGUGGAUGAAGUACAGACCGGAGGGGGCUGUACUGGCAAAUUCUGGGCCCAUGAGCACUGGGGAUUAGAUGAUCCAGCUGAUGUAAUGACCUUCAGCAAGAAGAUGAUGACAGGAGGGUUUUUUCACAAGGAGGAGUUCAGGCCUAACGCUCCUUUCCGGAUUUUCAACACUUGGCUCGGAGACCCUUCCAAGAAUCUGCUGAUCGCUGAAGUCAUCAAUAUCAUUAAGAGAGAAGACCUCCUCAGUAAUGUUACCCAUGCAGGGAAGGCACUGUUGACAGGGCUGAUGGAUUUACAGGCCCGAUACCCACAUCUCAUCAGCAGAGCAAGAGGUCGAGGAACAUUCUGCUCUUUUGAUGCUCCAGAUGAAACAACAAGGAACAAGUUCAUUUUAACAGCCAGAAACAAAGGUGUAGUGCUGGGAGGCUGCGGUGAUAGGUCCAUUCGUUUCCGCCCAACAUUGGUCUUCAGGGAUCAUCAUGCACACCUUUUCCUCAACAUUUUUAGUGACAUCUUAGCAAACUUCAAGUAAAGGAUUAUUUUUCCAUUGCA